GCGCAGUUGACCAGUAGGGCGACGUCAAGAGCUCAUGGAUCCUCUAGGCGUCAGUGGCAUAUUGCCGGAUGUAGGGCCAAGCAGUGAUCGGCAGCAGGAAAGCCCAAAGAGGACAUACCAUGGCAGAAUCGAGCAGCAAGCGGUCCCGGCAGCGAGCGCUUCUGUGCCUGCGACAUUGUCAUCUUUCCCAUACAGACCGCCGCUAGAAGCAGCUUCACCUACUUAUGCUCGGCAGGUACUGCCCCAGCCAGAUGAUGGACCCCUGGGAUCGAGCAGUGCUCAUAUGGCGCAGUCUUUGUAUGACCCCACACGUAAACCGUUACCAGCAGGACCAGACUCGCCUCAGCGGAGGGGUCUGGCCUACCAGUCUGGCAGUGCCAGCACGAUGCUGCCUCAUCAUCAAUACUACCAACAAUCAAACCUGCCGGUAGCCUAUCAGCCUCAGCAGCAACAACCCCAGCAGCAACCGCCGCCAACGAUCAACCAGUAUCGUCCUCAUGCUGCACAGACUCAACAGGGCGCUUCCUCGAGCACAUUGGCUGCUCCUACGCAGAAUGGCGUCGGCCGACCGCGCUCGCCGUUCGCAUCUGCAACGCCAGCAAGCUUCGUGCAACGAGGUUACCCAGACUCGGACCAGAAGCGCUUACACGAUCCCGAUGUUGACCAGAGUCGCUCAACGAGCUCGUCAUCGCAGCAGCGCGUCAAAGAGGACCCGUUUGUGCGCGUCAGGGUACUUGCGCUCGACAGAACGAAGAAGGAGCUAUGGAUCAAACUCGAUGCUACAACUAAUCUAUCAUCAUACCAUCACGGCUAUGUCAGAGCUUUCACUCGCUCGUCUACUGACUUUGCCGCGCUUCAUUCGGCGCUCGCGAGCAACCACCCUCAGACGAUCGUACCAGCGCUGCCUUUCAGCUCAACGAGCGCUCUCACAGACGAAGAAGAGGACCGCAUCGUUCGCUCCUCUUACCAGAGAUGGCUCAAUCGCGUUUGCAAGGACGCGGGCUUGAUGUCAGAUGAGGAAUUGCGAGUCUUUAUCGAAGCAGACUUUGGCUAUACCGCCUACUCGAAGCGACAGACUAAGACAGGCAGCUCGCUGCUCAAGUUCAAGUCUGCGACGGAUGAGGACGAUGAGUUGGGGUCGGCAAAGAAGGAGAUGUCGAAGCUGGAGCAUCACCUCACAGAGGCUGCCAAAGCGAUCGACAAGGAUGCAAAAGCGCGCAAGACUUUAUCGCUUUCGCUGCAGGAUUUGGCAGAGAAAUUCACAGCAUUCAGCACGACAGAGACGCAUCAACCGCUCAAUGUUGGGCUACGAAGAUUAGCAGACGCGCUGCGGAGGAUCUCCGAGGUCGAAAAUGUACACUCGACGAGCGACUGCGUCACCGUAGGCGACGGCCUUGCCUACGAAGCGGCCGAAGCCAGAGAAGCGAGGGAAACGCUCAUGCAUCGCCAGUCGACUGUCGAUGAACAUCGUGCGGCCGUGAAGAAUACGAUCACGAGGAAGCGCGAAAUCGAAAGGCUCAAGGCGUCAUCCUCUAUCAAAUCAAAUCGUGCUACAGAAGCGCUUGAGGAAUUUGAGACUGCAACGAAGCAAGAGGCGAUACUGGCGCAGAAGCUAGACGCAGUCUCGCAGCGGCUACUGCCAUCACUCCAUUCUCACACGCGCCAGAUGAACCAGGAUACCCUGCAGACGCUCGCUCAGUAUGCACGAGCAACAUUGGCGUACGAGAAGCAGCUUCUCAAGGAACUCGAUGCAGUCGUACCCGAUCUCGAGAAGAUACCGGCAAGGUCGAGCGAGGAUGCUUACUAUGUUCAUCCGCCGCCGCCGCUAGAUUCAUCGCAGCGCUCUGCGACUGGUAUCCCUCGAAGCCAGUCUGCGAACAGUAUGCCGAGUCCAGAUCGGGGCUCGCUCUAUCACUCUCGGUCGGGCUCUGUGCCAGUCCAUCAUUCAAUCAGUGGUUCUCGCUCGCCUGGCGGUCCUAUCGCGAACUCGCAGACCGGAGCGCAAUCUAUGAUCUUGCCAAGAGGGCAGCCCAAUAGGAUCAAUCAGCUCGCGAACAGUGUGCACAUCGACACGACCGGUUUGCCGACGAGACAGGCUGAAACGUUUGUCGAGCCUCACAAGCGCGUAGAUGCCCGUGCGGCCGCCUCGCUGUUGUCAAACCACUUCUAAUGCAACGUGACACGAGCAUUGCCUGAA